AUGCCGGUUUAUGGGAUUUGUCACAGGAGGCAAGACAUUUCUUUCGACCCGACAGAACUUCCAGCACCAGUUUUCAUCAGCGCCACCACCGUCAACAACACCAGAGGACACUGGGGCUUCACCGAGCUUCAGUCCACCUCAGUAACCACGCCACUGGCCUCAAAACCAAGACAUACGACUAGUAUCAAUAUUGGCGAACAUGCGAUGAUCGCCUAUGAUUUACGCACCUGA